AUGCAUCCGGCCGAUAUCGAGAAAGCUCAUGGAUCACCUUCUAUGCAUAGCUUUAACCCGUUCGAACUCGAAAGCACAAAUACCGACUCUAGUCAUGACGCCGUUCUCGAAUUAAAGUCCCAGUCGAAGCUGGAGCGCUGGUUGAGCCGCUUCAAUGUGGAAGUACAUGGGGUUGAGAGGGUUCCUGUCAACGAGCGAGAGUCAUUGACAGCAUCAAGUUCGUUGCAUAUGUUUCUCAUGUGGUUUAGCAUGGCAUUGGCUACCAACAAUAUAAUCGUCGGGUCAUUGGGGACAUUCUUGAUGGGUCUCAGCUUCAAGGAUGCAGCAUUAUGUGCAGUGUUUGGAAAUUUGUUGGGUGUGGUGAUCGUCGGAUAUAUGAGUACCUGGGGCCCACAGAGUGGAAAUCGAACUUUGAUUGUCAGUCGAUACUUUAUGGGCUACUAUCCCAGCAAAAUCUGCUGUGCGCUGAACAUCUUCACCAAUAUUGGAUACAGCAUGAUCAACAGUGUUGUCGGAGGUCAGGUCUUGUCAAUGGUUUCUGGAGGCCAGAUUUCCGUGCUGGUGGGUAUCGUGGUUGUUGCUUUCACCAGCUGGGUCAUGGCCAUGUUUGGCAUGCGCAUAUUCCAAAUCUAUGAACGAUUUGCAUGGCUCCCUCAGCUGAUGGUCCUAUGUGUGAUGCUGGGCUCAGCCGGUCCCCAUUUCGACUUCAACGUCCACACCAAGUACUCGCAGGAGCAUCUAAAUGCCAAGCGCGUCACCUAUUUCUCAUUAUGUGUAUCGAUCGCCCUCGCAUGGGCUCCGCUCGCCGCCGACUACUACGUCUAUUAUCCGCCGCACGUCAAGCGCUGGAAGACAUUCGCAGUGACCUUUCUCGGAUGCGGCAAAGCUAUGGUAAUCACGCUUCUGAUCGGCAACGGAAUCGGAACCGUUCUCGCUAGCUCGCCUUCCUAUCUUGUGAAAUACGGCAACACCCCCGGCGGCUUGCUGAUGACAGCGUAUGAUUCCCUCGGAGGGUUCGGGAAAUUCUGCGCCGUGAUUAACGUCCUCGCACUCGUUGCGAACAACACCCCGGGCGCCUACUCCAUGGGAAUGAACUUCCAGAUGCUAGGGUCCUGGUUCCAGCGAAUCCCACAGCCUAUUUUCACGACUCUCACUACGGUGAUUUAUACAGCCUGUGCGAUGGGCGGACGCAACUCCCUAUAUCAGAUUUUUAAGAGCUUCCUGCCGUUGAUCGGAUACUGGGUCAUCAUCUGGAUUGUGAUCGUUCUCGAGGAGGACUUCUUCUUCCGCAGAGCAAAGGGGUACGACUGGGCAGCGUGGGACAAGCCGCAGAAGCUGCCCAUGGGAAUUGCAGCAGGAGUUGCCUUUUUGAUUGGGUGGGGUGGUGCGAUCGUCGGCAUGGAUCAAACAUAUUACUCUGGUGUCCUUGCGCAAGUGACCAGUGGCUCGGAUCUUGGUUUGUGGGUAGGAGCCGGGUUUACAGCUGUGGUAUUCCCACCAUUGAGGGUAUUCGAGAAAUGGUACAUCGGGCGCUAA